UGGUAUUCACACUUCACUGACUCUGCACACACACAGGGUGGACACACACUCAUCACACACCUAGAAACACACACAGAGGUUCAUUUAGUUAAACCUGCGAAGAUGCCUUGUGUCAGCUCUUAUCUCGACCAGAUGGUGAAGAUGCCUUGUAGCUACAGCUCUGCGGUUGAUGAAAUCCUCAUGGUAGAGCAAAUCCUAUCAGAAUUUAGGCUGAAUAAGGAAGACCUAAAAGAAAUCAUGAAGAGGAUGCAACGUGAGAUGAACAAAGGCUUGCAUUUAGAGACACACGAACAGGCCAGCGUCAAAAUGCUUCCAACUUAUGUCUGCUCCACCCCUGAAGGAUCAGAGGUGGGCGAUUUCCUGGCUCUGGACCUGGGAGGGACAAACUUCCGUGUGAUGCUGGUGAAGGUGGGUGAAGAUGAGGAGAGGAGCUGGAAGGUGGAGACCAAGAACCAGAUGUACUCCAUUCCUGAAGAUGCCAUGACAGGCACUGCUGAAAUGCUGUUUGACUACAUAGCAGAGUGUAUGUCAGACUUUCUGGACAAACAUCAUCUCAAGCACAAGAAGCUUCCUCUGGGUUUCACCUUCUCCUUUCCUGUACGACAUGAGGACAUUGACAAGGGUAUCCUGCUUAACUGGACCAAAGGCUUCAAGGCAUCUGGGGCAGAAGGGAACAAUGUUGUGGGUUUACUCAGAGAUGCUAUCAAGAGACGAGGGGACUUUGAAAUGGAUGUGGUUGCCAUGGUGAAUGACACAGUAGCCACCAUGAUUUCCUGCUAUUAUGAGGAUCGCAGCUGUGAAGUGGGAAUGAUUGUUGGUACUGGUUGUAAUGCAUGUUACAUGGAGGAGAUGAGGACUGUGGAGCUUGUAGAAGGGGAGGAGGGCCGGAUGUGUGUGAACACAGAGUGGGGGGCAUUUGGAGACAACGGUGAGCUGGAGGAGUUCCGGCUGGAAUACGACAGAGUGGUGGAUGAGACCUCAAUUAACCCCGGACAUCAGCUUUAUGAGAAGCUGAUCAGUGGGAAGUAUAUGGGUGAGCUGGUCAGGCUUGUUCUGAUGAAGUUGGUGAAUGAAGAUCUGCUGUUUAAUGGUGAAGCGUCAGAGCAACUGAAGACACGUGGCAGCUUUGAGACACGCUACGUCUCACAGGUGGAGAGUGACACUGGGGACAGAAAACAAAUCUACAAUAUCCUGUCCUCACUGGGUGUUCUGCCGUCAGAGCUGGACUGUGACAUUGUGCGCCUGGUCUGUGAGAGUGUUUCCACUCGCUCUGCUCAUAUGUGUGGCGCAGGGCUCGCUGGUGUGAUCAACCUGAUGCGGGAGCGACGCAGCCAGGAAGCCCUGGAGAUCACAGUUGGGGUUGAUGGAUCUGUCUACAAGCUGCACCCAUGUUUCCGUGACAGGUUCCACAAAAUCGUCAGGGAACUCACACCUCACUGUGAAAUCACGUUCAUCCAGUCAGAGGAGGGGAGCGGUCGCGGAGCUGCUCUUAUCUCAGCAGUGGCCUGUAAGAUGGCGGCAUGCAUGCUGACACAGUAAAAAAGGGAGCUGUGCACUGAGCUGUCUCCCGGCAGGACAGCGGUGAAGCAAGCCUGAACUCUGUUUUGAGAACAUUGAUGACAUGUCAUCCACAGUCGGCAGCACUGGCCUUUUUCAAGGUCUGCAGGAUGUGUAUCAGCAAAGUGGACAGUCACUGCUGGAAGAUGUGCAGAAGAGAAAGCAGCAAACAACUUGUAUUAUAGACUGUAUUUGGUAGUAUUAGACCAAUUUGUAGCAAUUUCAAUAUUUUCUGAAUUGGUUUGCUGUGACUGACUUGCCCAUUUAAAAAAUGGAUGUAUUAUUGAUGCAUUAAAAAACCAGUGCAAACUGGUUGAUGUACAACAAAAGGAUUGUUUUGGUAAAUACUGUUGUAAACAAAAUCAAAUUCUUUCAUUUUUGUGUAGUAAUUCCUGUUAGUGAGCAAUAAAAUAUUUCUUUGGUAUUGUAUAUUUAAAUUGUUGUUUACAACCUAAUGUGUGUGUGAGUGUAUGCCAGUAGGUUGUAGUUUUUCAUAUGUGCAUGAUGAAAUGUGAUGGAUGUGAAUAAGCUUUAAAUAAAUGUAAAAUAAAUGCUGUAAAUAAAAUUGCUCAAUUAAACUAA